AUGUUUUUAAUUCAGUGCUGGAAAUCCCCUAUGACGUCUGUGAUAAACUAUAGAUUCCGAUCGAACAAGAACUUCUCGAGGAUAUCAUUCCAAGGCACAGGGCUUCCGUUGUGGGAGCUCAAAUACGAAAUAAUUAACCAGAGAAAGAUGGCGUCGAAAGACUUUGAUCUUCUGUUUUUUGAUGGCGAUACUGGAGAGGAAGUGAAUGACGAAUACCAUGUGAUUACAAUGAACAGUCAUGUGAUAGUUGACCGGAUUCCGUUGUGGAUGUCCAAAGGCGGCUACAAUGUGAAAGAAAAAAGAGCCGAGCCACAGGGACAGCAUCACAAUGUGCAGAAGUACAAUAAGACAAUUCCGGAAAGCUAUGUAUGCUUCAGGUGUGGGCAGAAGGGGCACUACAUACAGAACUGCCAUACAAACCAAGACAAGGCAUUUGAUAUUCUGAGGAUACGCAAGCCUUCUGGGAUUCCAAAAGAUUUUCUUGUUCCUAUAUCUGGAGAAGGAGUGUCAUCGAAUACAGCGAUGCUUGUGACGUCCGAAGGAGGAUACGUUAAGGCACAGCCACAGACACAAGAGUGGAAGAAGUAUAAGCAACGUACAAAGCAUAUAGUUGGCAUUCCUGAGAGAUUGAAGUGUCCGUCUUGCCAUUGCCUUCUAACAAAUCCAAUGAGAACGAAUUGUGGGCAUGUUCUGUGCGAUCAAUGCGUGUGUGUGGAUAGAAAGUGCCAUGUGUGUGGCCAGCAAGUCAAGAAUUUUUCAUUGGAUGGACAUGUAAAGGCCGAAAUAGAAAGAGCCAUGAAUCAAAGAUCUUGA